AUGACAAAGUUCAAUACUGCCUGCAAAGCCUUGCUCAUGACGUCUGCUGCAGGGCACCUUCUACAGACCACGACAGCAGCAGCGCCACCACCUAGCUUUUCUACUUCAACCAGCAACGCUCAAGCACAGCCAACCUGCAGUGGUGAUCUGACCAAAGAUCUAAUCUGGGAUAAGGAAGCAUGUCCUCAUCAGUUCAUCGGUUUCUGCAAUGCGGGUAUGCCGGGCCCAGCAGGGUGCCCAGAAGAAACCAAUUGCUUCGACUGUAAUCCCUGUCAAGAACACAACUUUGACCGGAAUGCCUGCGUGCAGAAUGAGUGCUUCUUUUGCCCCGGAGAUGGCCUCUGCUUGUCACAACCCGUAGGAGACGCCUUCUUUUCACAAUUCACAGACGACAACAAGCCCCCGAGCCUCCCAGCAUGCACGUCAGAAAGCGAUUGGGUCACCACGACAACCCCCGAACCCAACACGAGUGUAUUCAGUGAUCCGGCGUAUAACUUUCAAAAGUGGGCCUUUGACCUUUUGCAAGUUGAGCCGGUCUGGCGCCAAGGUCUCACUGGAAAGGGGGUUGUCGUCCGUGUCAAUGAUCCAGAAGGAGUGGAUGUCACGCACCCAGAGUUUGCUGGCCGUUUCUCGGUAGAGGCAUCUUGUGAAGAGUAUCUACCAUACAACAUGACCCUACAUCCUUGGGAUGGUAGGCCAGCCGACAAACAUGGGACGGCCGUGGCAUCCCUUGCCGUUGCGGGGGCAGACAACAACGAAUGUGCGGUUGGGAUCGCCCCUGGUGCAACACUGUCAGCGUGUCUCGCAUUUGCCCCUCCCGGAUCAACCACUCCUGAGGAUUUCUUCGACGACGGUAUUGCAACGACCCAUAUUUCAGUCAACUCUUGGGGUGUGGAUGCUUGUGGUGCGAAAGCUCCUCCUCUCUUAGGAGAUGAUGGAAUUGAGGUGGGACGGGGUCACAACAGCAGAUUCUCAGGCUAUGAGUGCCCAUUUGUCUUGGAUGUUGAAGAGAACCCUUGCAAUGCAUGUGCUCUUGGAGUUGACGAGGAGUGUCGGACGCAAGUCAUUGAGUACUGUGGGAAACAUAGCGAAGUCGAUGUCGCUGGGUGUUCCGAGGCUCUCGACAUAUUCCUUGAUUGCAACUUCAAUACUCUAUCAGAGAGAGGUCGAGCAACCCUCAGUCGCGGAGUUACAGAAGGGCGCGAUGGCAAAGGCAUCAUCUACGUUGUCGCAUCAGGAAACGAAUACGCAUACUAUGAAAACGUCAACUUCGAAGGAUGGCUGAAUACUCGAUUCACAAUCGUGGUUGGAGCAGUUGGGAAGGACGGACUUCACGCUAGCUAUUCUUCCACUGGCGCUGCUGUCUUCGUUAGUGGACCUGGUGGAGAUUUCGAAAACUAUAACAACAAUGUCGCGGCAUUGCCUGGUGGAGGGUGCUAUUCAACGGGUGUUGGAACUUCCUUUUCCACUCCCCAGGUAGCUGGUGCUAUUGCUCUCCUCCUCGAAGCAAACCCCAGUCUCACAUGGAGAGAUGUGCAGGGUAUCAUCGCUACAACGUCGAGCAAGACUGACCCGGAAAGCCCAACUUGGAGCACCAAUGGCGUUGGCUUGCACCACAGCGACUUUUAUGGCUUCGGCAUCAUGAACGUAGAUGCUGCAGUGAUGGCUGCCAGAGACUGGGUUAAUUUUGGAACUGAGGAACAAAUUCUUCUGGACUCUGGAAUAGUCAACAUUCCCAUCGCCGAUGACGAAUCGCUUCCUGUCAUCUCCAAAACAAAGGUAAACGGACAGGUCGGGUUCUAUACAGAGUCAGUUGUCGUCUACCUUCAACUUGAGCACGCAUCUCGCGGAAAUCUUGAAGUUGUGUUGACCAGUCCCUCUGGCAUGAAAUCGGUACUUAGCCCAGGGAAAUUCCCUGAGUCCACACAGAUGAGCAGCGAAGAACGCUGGAAGUUGAUGACCGUCAAGAACUGGGGCGAAGAUCCUACGGGUGACUGGACUCUCACGGUUACUGACAAGAAAACUGGAAGCUACACAACGCCAGGGGAGUGCGUUGAUUUCCCAUUGUCCUUGACUGUGGAUGAAUUGCCAGGCAUGGUUUUCGACUGUAGUUUGUUCAGUAUUGACAUCGAAGGAUCCAGGCUCUGUGCCGACGGGCUUGUUCUUUCUGAGGAAGUCGAUACCAUGGUCGACACCAACGGCCGUGCCCCUGCUGAGGCCUGCUGCGCUUGCGGUGGAGGUAACAUCGUGCCGACUGAAAACAAGUUGGUAUCUUGGAGUCUGGCUGUCUAUGGACAUGCGGACCGAAAUCGCAGCGCCGAAGGAAAGAUGCACCUAGCGCCUCCGGCCCCUAAAAGCAAUGAACCCACCUCUACGGCAAAAGCAAGCACACCAACAUCAGGUGCAAGCGACACCAACGGAACAUUCAUGGCCGUGGUUCUCACAGUCUGGUUUGCUUCUGUCUUGACAGCUAUGACAUUAUUUGCCUAG